AUGAGCGAAACUACAGUCGUCGUAGAAACGCUCGCCGAGCGACGAGCUAGACACCACGAGGCCGAGGUCGUAAUAGUCGGUGCCGGCGUCUUCGGGUGUGCUGUUGCAUAUGCUCUAGCCGAGCAGGGCAGGAGUGUUAUCCUCCUCGAGAGAUGGCUGAAAGAACCUAACCGAAUCGUCGGCGAAUUAAUGCAGCCAGGCGGUGUAAACUCUCUCCGGAAACUGGGGUUAGGUCACACCAUCGACGACAUCGACGGCCAGCCAUGUCACGGUUUCAACGUCUUCUUCUACGGCAAAGAUGUCCGCAUGCCCUACCCCCAGAUACAAGGCCUACUUGGUGUGGGCGAAGACGAGAAGGCAAAUGGGAACGGGAACGGGAGCGCAAAGGUUAAGAGCGACGAGCCGCCGCGGCCUCAGGGACGAAGCUUCCACCACGGCCGCUUCAUCUCACAGUUACGCAAGGCCUGUCUCAGUCACCCCAACAUCAGCGUAUUCGAGACGGAAGCCAUAGGCACCGUCAAGGGCGACCACAACCCAGAAAUCCUAGGCGUCGAGACGCGAACCGUCAACGCCACCACCGGCGAGAAAGAGCCCGACUGCUUCUUCGGCCAGUUAACUAUCAUCGCCGACGGCUACGCCUCCCGCUUCCGCAAGCAGUACAUCAACGAAACUCCGGUAGUCCGCAGCAAGUUCUACGCCCUCGAACUAAUCGACUGCCAACUGCCCAGCCCCGGCUUCGGCCACGUCAUCAUCGGCGCCCCCAGCCCCGUCCUCAUCUACCAGAUCGGCACGCGCGAGACCCGCAUCCUCGUCGACGUGCCCGAGAAGCUGCCCGAGGCGGCCCCGGCCAACGGCGGCGUCCGCGGCUACAUGUCCAAGGUGGUGCUGCCGGCGCUGCCCGCUUCGGUCCAGCCGUCCUUCCGAGCCGCGCUCGACCGCGACGCCAAGAUCCCGCAGAGCAUGCCCAACAGCUGGCUGCCGCCCACGAAGCAGUCGUCGACGCCGGGGCUCGUGAUCCUCGGCGACGCCAUGAACAUGCGGCACCCGCUGACGGGCGGCGGCAUGACGGUCGCCCUCAACGACGUGGUCCUGCUGCGCGACCUGCUCGCCGACAUCCCCGACCUGUCCGACGCCGCCGCCGUCGCCCGCGCCAUGGACACCUUCCACUGGCGCCGCAAGAAGCUGACCGCCAUCAUCAACGUCCUGGCCAUGGCCCUGUACAGCCUGUUCUCCGCGCGCAACAGCGAGCUGGCCAAGCUGCAGCGCGGCUGCUUCGCCUACUUCGAGCGCGGCGUCACCCGCGACCCCAUGGGCAUGCUGGGCGGCCUGAUCCCCGACCCCCUGGUCCUCGCGUACCACUUCUUCUCCGUCGCCUUCGUCGCCAUCUGGCUGGAUUGGAAAGCUACCGGGCUCUGGAAGGUGCCGGUGCUGCUCUGGAACGCGUUUUGGAUCCUGUGGACGGCUAGUCGGGUGUUUUUGCCCGUCAUGUAUCGGGAGGCGUUUGUGUAA